AUGACACGAUUCAGACCUUGCAUCGACCUGCACGCGGGCCAGGUCAAGCAGAUUGUGGGCGGCACCCUCGACAGCACGACGACGGCCCUGCAGACCAACUUUGUGUCGCCGCACCCGCCGGCGCACUUUGCCAAGCUGUACCGGGACCAUAACCUCACAGGCGCCCAUGGCAGGUAUAGCCAGGAGAGGCUCGAUGCCGUGCUCCAUGCGCUCGGCGGCGACAAGGAGCGGCUCGUCAUCGACCUCAGCUGCCGCCGGCGCGGCGACGACCGGUGGUUCGUGGCCAUGAACAAGUGGCAGACCAUCACAGACAUGGAGGUCAACGCCGAGAGCAUCCGGCAGCUGGAGCCCUACUGCUCCGAAUUUCUGAUCCACGCCGCCGACAACGAGGGCCUGCAGAAGGGCGUCGACAAGACGCUCGUGCAGAGGCUGGCCGAGUGGGCCAGCAUCCCCGUAACGUACGCCGGCGGCGGCCGCCACCUCGAGGAUCUGGAUGCCGUCAAGAGGCUCAGCGACGGCAAGGUCGACCUGACCAUCGGCAGCGCUCUCGAUUGUUUCGGGGGCAACGGCGUGAAGCUCGAGGAGUGCGUGCAGUGGAACCGACAACAGCCCGAAUCCGGCGCUUGA